AUGCCUGAACCUUCAAUUUUCACUAGUGAUACUCCAUUGGAUCCCGGCCUCUACAGCCUGGACCCUGCUGCGCUCGAGUUCUUCAAGCAGCAGACAGGCAUCACUGAAGAUGAUGAGCUGAAGCAACCACAUCCUUGCUGUUCAAGCAAAGGCUUUCGCGUUGGCAAUGAUGCACGCAAGGUAGUGGCGGAUGGCUGGCCAGCCACCCAAGUGAUCUCUACUGAUAUCAAGCAAGAAUUUUGGGACCUAGGACACGUCCUUUUCCGGUCUACGCCGACAUCUUUCCCCUCGCACUUCAUUUCGGGCAACUGUCUUGAUCCGGCUUUCUUAUCAUCCGAGCCUGGGCCUACGUCGCAGUCACUGCCUGACUUAUCCUCGCUCACCUCGCUGAAUGACUUGCGUGGCAAACUUACUGUCAUUCACGCAGCAUCCAUAUUUCACUUGUUUUCUCAAGAGGAACAGGCAUCGCUCGUGCGUGCUGUAGCGUCUUUGCUGUCCCCUGCACCAGGGAGCAUUGCAUUUGGAUCUCAUGUAGGGCUUCCAAAGCAAGGUACCAUACGGGCGAAAGUGCCUAGUAUGGGAGUGGAGAUGUAUUGUUAUGAUCCUGAGAGCUGGAAUAAGCUCUGGGAAGAUGCAGGUCCCUUCAAGACAGAAGCCGUCCUGCGAGAGGUUAUAGAUCCAAAUGGUGAGAUCGGGUGGAUGAUGGUAUGGAGCGCGACGAUGAGCACGAAAUCCAGUUUAUGA